ACGGGAUAUUCACCAUUUGCUCGUUGGUGAAACUGUUCAUGUAAAGUCAACUGUUAAUAAACUGUCCUAAGGAAGGUUUGCGCAAAUACCUGGUUUGCGUUUGUUAUAGUUAAUUGUAUUUUUCAUACUUCAUACGGUAUUAGAUGUGGUUGGUUAUGUAUUUUGAUAUACAUCUGGCGUAUUUCUAAUAAUUGGUCUUAAAUACAAGAAAAUUUAUCCAGUGGGACGCAUUUCUGUUUGACCGGCUUUAUUUAGGAUGGUUAACAUGGCACAAACAGCAGCCCUGGAGUCAAUGAUCGUCGAAGAAGCUGAAAAACCUGUCGACAGAGAAAAGACAUGUCCUCUUCUUUUGAGGGUGUUCUGCAACACUGGUCGUCACAACAACAUAAUGGAGUAUAGUCGAGGGAGCGUCCCCACCAACGAGCUCCAGAUAUACACCUGGAUGGACGCGACGCUGCGCGAGAUCACGAGCCUGGUGAAGGAGGUGAACCCGGAGGCACGGCGCAAAGGCACAUACUUUGACUUCUCGCUCGUGUCUCCGGACAUGCGCGGCCCCAGCUACCGCAUGCGUGAGAUCGGCACCACCUGUUGCGGCCAGAAGGGUCAGGACGACGGCAAGACCCUCGCACAGUGCAGGUUCAUCAUUGGUGACUACAUGGACAUAUGCAUCCAGCCGCCCAACAGGAUGCUGCCCAUGAUGAGGCGCGGGGGCCGCAUGUACUGAAGGUCUUCGCCAGGUUGCCUUUGGCAGAAUCUGCGGCCUGGAGUUCGUGAGCUGUGCGUCUCGCCGGCUCAGUGAACUGGACAUCUCACAGUCGUGAUUGCUACUGUUUUAAUACAUUUGGAACAAUUACUUCAUUGAAUGAGCAAUAUUCUGAAUAAACAAUUGUAAUGAAAACAUUAAAUGUAUGUUGAUGUGUCCACAUCAGUAGCAUCUGUCAAGUUUGUUCAGCUUUGUACUCGUGGCAUCCAGCCAUAUCCUUUGGUAUUGUUUUAAAUGUUCAGUAUCUUGAAGGGUUAAAUACCAAAAAUUGAUAAAAAUUCUUAAGUUAAUCUUUAGGCGUAACAAGUAAAUUUUUGACAAAACUAAUAGUACUAUUAUAAAAAUCAAGAUUAAAGUGUUAUGUAUGCUUUUUAGUCAUCAGGUUGUGUGUAGCAUGCAGGCCAAAAAUUUUGUCAAGUUUGUUGCAACAGUUUAAGUUCAAACAAAGUCAAGAAGGAGGUAUUAUAAAUUAUUGUAUUUUCUUAUACAGAGAAACUUCACUACUCAAUGAGUAGUAAUUAAGUGCAGUUAUUUGCACGAGCCACUUGUAAUCGAGUAUUGUGCCACCCACUACUGCGCCUGCCAGUUCAUUGUUUGAAAAGUAACUCCCAAUGCAAAGAAUCACGAGAUCACUUUUGCGAGCACCACAAGUCAACUCUGCUUGAAUUUGUGAUCCCUCCAAUAACAUCAGAUUCUUAGUAUUUCAAACCAUAAAUGUAAUGGAUGUUUGCAUAAAAACCAAGAUGAUACCUGAUGGUCCGCGGCGAGCCUACAGCUGUGUGUUUGUCGGCUUUAACACUUUCAAGACGACACUCGUACGUGAUACGAGCAGAGUACUUCAAACUGUCAGUCGGCACUCGUAUACUAUACGAGCACCAUAUUUCUGUUUUUUUAAAUAUGUUCUCUCUCAUCUUGCACGAGUGCCGACUAUUCUGGGUCUUAAUUUAGUUCUUUACGAGUCCGUUUGUGGCACUAGUUUACAGAUUCGUUGACUCAGGAGGCUUAUAUCGAUUUUCUUGUACAUCGAUGCGUCAGUUGCUGACUGCUAGCCUUUCGUUCAACAUUAGAUUGCGCAGUGCCGUAUUUGUUUUGUGGCAUGUGAUAAGUAAACGUAUUUCUUUCGCUGAAAUAUAAUAUGGAUGUUCCACGGGAAACUGUAGAUACAUUUGUUGAUGAUUCUGGUUCAGAUAUAGAUAACAGCGAUGCCGACGCAUCAUAUAUACCAAGAGAAAAUGAAUCCAGCAGUGACACAGGUAUUUAUCUUUUCAGCCAGCGUAAAAAUAAUUGCUUUGAUUAUCCCUGCAUAUUCUGUUGUUCUUGGUUUAUUACAGCUCCUACUCGCUAGUGCUUGCAUUGUAGUCAUCUAUAAUAUUAUUUCAGAUAAACAUUUCCGAAACUUUUUUAUUUACUGUUAUUCGAGAAAUUUCAAAAAUGGCAUUGUAUUGAAAUGUAUUUGAUACUUGCAUUCAUAGAAUUUUUUUUUCAUUCAACAAAGGUAGAUGCUAUACUGAAAUUAGUUUGAAAAUUAUAUUGAGUUGUUGUAUAUAUAACAGCCUAUGCCUUUAUUACGUUUCGUAAAACUUCCUUUUCUCUUUUCAUUCAAUAGUUGUACUGUAUUGAAGUAUGUUUGAAAUUACACGCAAAUCAACAUAGGCCGAUGUUGCACGUUCGUAAAUCUUCAUUUCAACAUGUCAGCAUAUUAUUUAUAUUUUUCCGAUAUUAGUAAAUGCUUUUCUUGCAUUUCAGAUGAAUUACAAGAGCAGCGUUCACGAAAACUGCUAAAAAAUGCACCAUUUACUUCAAAAACUGAUGACAGUGAGUGGUCAGAAUCUGAAUCUCAGAAACCAGACCAACCGAUUUUUCAGUCGUCUUCUUCCGUUGCCAUACCCCUGGAUGACAACUGUACUGAAUUUGAGUGUUUUUCUAUUUUUUUUUUUUAAACUGGCAUGAUGAAAAAUAUUAGGAACGAAACUAACCGGUACGCAGCUUCUCGGAUUGCUAAAAUGAAACGUCAAGGAAAAUUGAAAAAAAAAAUCAACGUGGCACAGAUGGUUGACAGUGAAAUUGUGCGACAUAUAUAAGUUCUUUGCAAUUGUGUUACACAUGUGUAUUUUGAAACUGCCAGACAUAAAUGAUUAUUGGACAACAGAUGCAUUUUUUGCAACACGAUUUUCGAGAAAACUGCUCUCGUGAUAGAUUCAAGGGCAUUCUUUACAUGCUGCAUCUGAACAACAAUUAUUACUAUGUCAAGCGCGGUGAAGAAGGUCACGAUCCCAUUUAUAAAGUUAGACCUUUUUUUAAUUUUUUUGUAGACAAAUGCACACCGAGUUUCAAACCUUACCAUGGCUGUCAUCAAUGGCUACAUAAUUUUCAAGGAAAGGACACAUACAAAGAAAAGUUUGAAGAGCUUCGUCAAAGCAGUUGCGCUGAAGUUAGCUGAAAUGGGAGGAGGAUUGACUGAACCACGCCCAAAACCACCAUCUCUGAAUGUUGACAGAACUGUUGCUCGCCAUUUUGCUACAUAUGUCCCAGCUACUGCAAACAAUGCCAAUGCAACGCGAUACUGUAAAGUUUGCUCUGAUCGGGGUUUGAAGGAGACUGGCAAAAGAAAAUGGAGGGAAUCCAGGUUCUGGUGUGAGGACUGUGGAGUUGGACUGAGCUUUCCUCAGUGUUUUAUAGAUUACCACACACGUGUGAAUUUUACAUGAAUGAUUCACAUUUUGUAAAAAUACAGAUAUUGUUUGUUAUAUAUACGUAAUAGGUAUUAUAUUUGAUAUUUUUUCCAUAUUAUAGUAAUAAGCAGUUUGUCUCCGUAAUGUUGUCUUUGGUGUGUAUGUGGAAUAUUUGUGUCAAAUUUGAAAAAUGGCAAACACAAGCAGUAACUAGUUUCACAAAGGAGUAAUACCUAAAUGACAUGUAAAACUUACGUACUUUAUUUUGGUAUAAAAGAUUUAUUAUUGGAAAGGAACAUACUUUCUUGAGAUAUAAAAUAUAUAUUCAGGACGGAACAUGAAAUGAGAAGGUUAGAGUGGUGUGAUUAUUGUGGGGAAGGAGAGUGUUAUUUUUUUUUAUUUCCAUAAAAAUGUAAAUAAUUGUGUAAAUAUUAUUUUGUAAUAACUAUUAUUCUAUUUGUUGUGUAUGUGUCUAGUUAAGUUGAUUAUUUUCACUUAUUGUGACCUGAAAGAAAGCUAUUAUUUUCAUACUCUUGCAUUAGUAUAUGAGAAAAAAUUUCUUUCAAAACUCAAAACAAUACUUUUUCAAUAAAAAGUUUUACAAAAGGUAGUACGCAAAAAUUUUAAAGUGAUAUAUAGCUAACAAGAAAAAAUUUCAAACUUUCUAACCAUAUAUAAAUCGUUUAUGCAGGAGAAAAACUUAUUUUACUAAAAAAAUGUGAAAAAGUGUAAAAAAACAUCAGUCGGGCCCAUUAAAAAGUGUAUGAUAAGCUAGUCUUGAAAGUGUUAACAGGGUCAUACUCACAUCCAUGUGCCAUAUGUUCUGAAGAUUGAGGUUUGUUUCAAAGGUUUAAUAAAAAAAUUAUUUGGAUGAAAACAACCACUCUUAAAA